AUGCGUGAUAACAGCAUACGGCGGGAAGCUAAUAUUAUCGUCGGAGCAGGUUUGUCAAAGCGCAAAAAGGAGGAGCUUGAUCGAGGCCUUGAAAUUGUUCGACAGUUUCAACUUCUACGUGCCCCAAAGUUUACCGAAAUUGGAACCAUUGCAGAACGUAAGUUUUUUGUUGAUGCGUUGAUUCUAGCCACUGAUAUUCGAUUCUCUAAUAGCAUGAGAGAUGCUAAUGCACCAUAUAUCAAUCGAAUGAUUGCCAUGGACGAGUUGCGAGAAAUUGAACGGCAGUUAGAGUUCAUAAAUGGCGACCUUGGUCGUAUAGCAGGCGAAUCAAUGUAUGCUUAUUUAUCUCGAAUCCGUCAAGUGGCACUACCUUCGCUAUCAGAACAUCUAUGUGAACGAAUCGGCUUGCUGGCGGAACAUUGCAGAUAUCGACACCAGCCUUUCGGUGAAUCAGAGUUAACGGAAACUCGUGCACUGAUCAAAGAAAUUGUGAAAAUAUUAAAUAAUGAACAGGAACGCCUCUCUGCACUGCAUAUGAAAGAAUCAACCAGUUCAGCGUUACAAGAAAUUACUAAGAGGUUAACGGCAGGAGAAAGUAAAAAAGGAACCCACAAAAGGAACACAGCCGUUAAUGCGAUUCGAAAUGCUUUAUUGCCGUUGCCAUCUGAUAAGAAUGAGACGAGAUUAGCAAGAACAAAUGAUCAGAGGAAACCACUGAUAGCUGAUGAUAAGGAGGCGAUUAGUGACACACCCGCACUUCAUAUUUUGGGUUCCCGUGUAACUACUGCUGAUACUCAAAAUACACAACCCUUGGAGUGCACUCCACUAAUCGCAUAA